AUGGAAACUAAGAAGGAAAUAGGCAUUCAGACCUUUGGCGAACCCAGCCAAGCGGGCACUAUAGGUGACCCCGUAUCUGUCGAGGAUGAGAACGGCAGGACAUGGCAGAACUACAAACCGGACAAGUAUUUCUUACCUAACGAUGCCGGAGAGCAAGAUCGUCUUGACGUCACCCAUAAAGGCUUUUGCAUACAAGUGCACAGUUUGCAAGAUCCACAAACUCGGAGCAAAAAUCCCGAUGAUGCUUUGCAUCUCGCUCCGAUUGAAGGUGAUCCGCCUCGGGUUUUGGAUUUGGGCACUGGCACUGGAAUCUGGGCAAUCGAGUAUGCACGACGUCAUCCCGGAUCUGAAGUCAUUGGCUCCGAUCUCAGUCUUAUUCAGCCAGAUGUAUCAGCCACUGUGCCCAACGUGUCUUUCGUUCGAGAGGACGUAGAGGAUUACUGGGUUCACGGCGCACCAUUCGACUUUAUACACGGGCGCCUCUUAUUUACUUGCUUCGAUAACCAUAAGGAUGUUAUCAAGAAGGCUUUCGAUAGCCUAAGACCUGGCGGCUGGAUCGAAUACCAAGACUCUUCUUUGAACGUUGAUUCCGACGAUAACUCACAUCGCCGGACAGCAUUACACAAAUUGACUUACCUUUCUAUGGCUGGGGCAGCAGCAAUGGGCCGAGAUCUAGAGGUCGCAAGAAAGUACAAGGACUACUUUAUCGAAGCCGGAUUUGUGGACGUCGUGGAGGUCAAGUUCAAGGUCUUUGGUAACACGUGGCCCGAGAAGGAGCCAGACUGCACUAUUGGCAAGUAUAUGAGCCUCUCGGGCUCUCAGGUAAUCAAAACCAUUUCGGAGAAGCUACUGCGCAAGGGCUUGGUGUUGCCAGAAGACAUCAUCGAACCAAUCGUAUUGCAAGCGCUGAAGGACGUAAACAACACUCAGAUUCACCUGUGGUGGCCUGGUUACGUAGUGUAUGGACGGAAGCCAUUCGACCAUGAGAAAUCCUAA